AUGAUAGCGUCGGAAGUUGGUUCGACGAAUGCGGAAUCUGUGCACGUCAGAGUGACAAACGAGAAAGCACCGCUGAUUCAUGGCAGAAGUGUGUUCCAACGACUGAGCAAUAUUUUCAAGAUCGGACGGACGACGCAUUCCGAAGGAGAUGGCUACGUCGAGUUUGGUAGUCUUGGUUUGGACAGCAGUCGUACACUGGGUACCUUCGCUGGUGUAUUCAGUCCGGUUACAUUGUCUAUGUUCAGUGCCUUAGUUUUUAUACGAAUGGGCUAUAUCGUCGGCAAUGCAGGAUUACUGGUGACUUUACUUCAGUUCAUAAUCGCGUAUGCUAUUUUAUUAUUCACCGUUGCGUCCGUAUGCGCUAUAUCGACGAACGGCGCUGUGGAGGGUGGCGGUGCUUAUUUUAUGAUCAGUCGUACUUUGGGGCCUGAAUUUGGCGGUUCUAUCGGCACUCUCUUUUUUAUGGCUAAUGUAGUAUCCAGUGCUCUCUGCAUCUCUGGUUGCGCUGAAGGGUUGGUCGAAAAUUUCGGCCCAUCUGGUUAUCUGAGUGGCAAAACUGGUCUUAUUCCUGACGGUCGAUGGUGGAGAUUUUUAUAUUGUUCAAUAUUAAACACCGCGAAUCUUGUUGUUUGCCUUAUUGGAGCUGCAAUGUUCGCGAAAACCAGCGUCGCAAUUCUGGCAGUUGUCUGCAUCUGUUUGGGCAGCGUUUUUAUUAGUUUUCUGACGCAGGGUGCGAUGGAGAUACCAAUACCAGACGCAAAUACAUUGGUGCAAAAUGCAACGGAGCACGUGAAUGGUAGCUACACAGGCCUUUUAUAUACCACGCUUUCCAACAAUUUCUACGCGAAUUACAGUGCGGAUUAUUCAAGCGGCGGUGUCAUGACGGACUUCGCAAGUGUUUUCGGUGUACUUUUCAGCGGCGUGACUGGAAUAAUGGCCGGAGCAAACAUGAGCGGUGAAUUGAAAAAUCCCGGCCGAAAUAUUCCGCGUGGAACACUGUCCGCGGUAUUGUUCACUUUUAUAUGCUACAUCCUGCUGUCCGUAUUAACGGCCAGCACUACCAGCCGCUUUUUACUGCAAAAUAACUUUAUUUAUAUGAUGCCGAUCAACAUUUGGCCACCGUUUGUUGCUGUCGGCAUUCUUACAGCGACGUUUAGCGCUGGUUUGAGCAAUUUGAUAGGGUCCAGCAGAGUAUUGGAGGCAUUGGCUAAAGAUAACGUAUUUGGCUCGGGACUAAAUUUUAUAAUACAAGGUACGUGGCGUGGCAACCCAAUCGCGGCAGUGCUGACUUCGUGGGGCUUGGUUCAAACAAUUUUACUCAUUGGCUCGUUGAAUACUAUCGCCCAAAUUAAUUCCGUAUUGUUCUUAUUAAGCUACCUCGCUACCAAUCUUGCAUGUCUUGGCUUGGAACUCGCCAGCGCACCAAACUUUAGGCCAACGUUCAAUUAUUUUACGUGGCACACUGCGACCAUAGGUCUUCUCGGGACGCUGAUAAUGAUGUUUAUAAUCAACAGCAUUUACGCUUCCAGUAGUAUAAUACUGUGCUUGAUCCUGAUCAUUGUAUUGCACCUGUUCUCGCCGAGCAAAAACGCGCCGUGGGGCAGCAUAUCUCAAGCGCUGAUAUUCCAUCAAGUCAGAAAGUACUUGUUAAUGUUGGACUCGCGCAAGGACCACGUGAAAUUCUGGCGGCCGCAGAUGCUGCUGAUGGUCGCGUCCCCGCGCUCCACCUGUCCUCUCAUCGAUUUCGUGAACGAUCUAAAGAAGGGCGGCCUGUACGUCAUCGGGCACGUGAAAGUUGGCGAGUUCACGAGUCAGAACAGCGAUCCCACGAUCGACGAAUACCCGCACUGGCUGAGCUUGAUCGACCACAUGAAAGUUAAAGCCUUCGUCGAGUUGACCGUGACGAAAACGGUGCGCGAAGGCAUGCACCACUUGAUAAGGCUAUCUGGAAUGGGCGCAAUGAAACCGAACACUAUCGUCCUCGGUUUCUAUGACGAGGAGGCGCCGCGGGACUUUUUCCUAGAUUCUCAGUACGCGACGACGGCAUUCGACAACACAACGACGCUUCCGAAUAACACUGUGUUCCCUCUGAGACAAGCGACGGGCGAGAAAAAUAUAGACGCGCUGCAAUACGUUGGCAUGUGCUCCGAUGUUUUGAGGAUGAAGAAGAAUUUGUGUCUAUGUAGAAACUUUCAUCUGCUGAACAAAGUGCAGUUGACGAAGAACUCUAACUUGAAGUACAUUGACGUAUGGCCGGUCAAUUUCUUCCAACCCACCGAUCAAGAUCCGUUCGAUACAACGUCGCUGUUUAUGCUCCAACUCGCGUGCAUCAUCAACAUGGUGUCCAACUGGAAGAACUUGCAUCUCAGGGUGUUCCAUUGCGAGAGCACCGCGGACAACAGUAGAAGCAUGAGCGUGUCAGACUCGCAAAGUUUUAUCAGCGACUAUUCGAGAGUCUCGACCGAGCACAGAAUCCGGAAAACGUUAAAUCUUCUGAGGAUCUCCGCGUCCAUUAAGAAGAUUCCGGAGUGGGCGGAGCAAGUUCGAGGACUGAAGGGCAGAUCCUUGCUCGAACCAAAGAGUCAGUACGAAUCGAGUACCGAGUCCGAUAACGCUUUGAGCAAUAUAUCGCGAGCUUACAUAUUGGGCGUUAAUCAGUUGAUAAGGGAACAUUCCUCUCAAACUGCCACCACGUUCAUUUAUCUACCCGCACCACCGGCCUCGAGUACUUGGGACGAGGAUGAUAUGUAUCGACAGUAUCUGCAAUUAUUGACGGAAUUAACUGUGGACUUACCACCAACGGUUUUAGUGCACGGUGUUAGCGCCGUCACAUCGACUACCUUAUAACAAAUAGAGCGAAUAGUCGACCAAGUAUCCAAUACGUUCUUUAUUGGUAGAACGAGGAGACGCUAAUCGGAAAGUAUACCCCCGUUAAAUUGUUUCUUUGUUUAUGAUACUAAUUUAUAAGAGCACGUAGGAAGGAUACUAAACGAUAGAACAUUAAACUAUAAAGAGAGAUUAAAGGUAAUCCUUAAUUUAUUGUAUCUCUUAUAAUUUAGUAAUUGUUUUUCAUAACAGUAGCGUAGCGUCGCGAAGCAAUAAGUAUUGGUUUUAGAUUUGGUAGAGAACGCUUUAUCACGUCCAGACAAAUUUAACGUACCGUAAGCACUGAAAUUUAUUACUGUGAUAACAAACGUAUCAAUAAGAAACUUUUCGGGAACGAAUAUUUUUUAAAAGAACGAUUAGGCAGCCCUAAAUGUAAAUAUGACAUCUUGAUAUAUUUCAUACGAGAUAAUAUUUCUAUAUUACUCUUUUAUACCAUAUUUGUAACAUUAUUAUAAGUAUUAUUUGGUAAUAACGUUUGCGAAUAUGUUUAUGCAAGCUCGAAUAAAACUUUAUUGAAAUCAAUGCUGAACCAUAUCUAUGAACAUUUUAUUUCAAUUUUACUAUGACGAACCUUUUGAAUAUUACGCUCUAUUUUAGUGAUUUUCUUCUAAUUCAACCUUGAGUGUGAUCCAGUAGUGCUACAAAUGCUUCUAAAUAUUUUUUUCUUUUCUCUUCCUCUAACUAACAAAGAAGGAGAGAAAAUGUUUUGAAUCUGUAGGGAGCCUGUAAUAAAAGUGGCGACAUAAGAGGAUUUUGCCGCGUUUCGAAAUUGUAUGAGAGAGAAGGAGAUGCGUUCUCUCUCUUGUAAAUGGUACAAAGUACAAAACAGAGAAUGCACUGUGUACCUAUCACACCUAUUUAAGAUAUACACAGUCUGUGCAAUCGUUGAAAGGCAGGCAAAAUCAUUCUGUCCAUUUCUACUAAAUGUUGUGUACUAAAUGUUGAGCGAAGACCACGUUUUACGAAAAUUUUCUGUUUUACGGAAAAUAAUACCGAAACUGUAAAUAAACUGUAAAUACAAAUGUACCUCAGUUAUAUCAUAUCGCUAAAUAUAAUAUAUACAAUUUAUAUACAA